UGAAUGAUGGUGUGCUGAUGACUGUUUGCGUUUAUCGUGUUUCACAAAAAAGUUUUUCUCAAGUUUAAAAUACGUUUAGUUCACUUGCAACAUCUGAAUUUUAUCAACUUUGCUGGUUAUGACGAGGCCAGGAGAAAAUGGUGGCAGAGACCGCCGGAGAUCGCGCAGUCGGUCCAACGAGCCGGACCGAAAAAAGAAACGUUCCCGUAGCCGUGACCGGGAUCGGGACCGCGAGCGAACGAAAACGUCGUUUCGCUUCAAACCAGUUGCUCGAAGGGAUCGCGACAGGGACCGUGACCGCGAGCGGGAACAGAGGGACCGAGAGCGCGACAAGGAACUGGAAAAGGAGCGCAACAAGGAAGCUGAGCGGAAGCGGGAGCGUGAAAAGGAACGGGAAAAAUUGAGGGAACAUGCCACAAAAUAUGCACAGAGUGUCAGCAGUAGCAGUGGAUUCAGACAGUCAAAGUUUGAUCAAAAACCGCCAGGAUUCGCGGAGAAAGAACCAGUCAAAAAGCCUCCAAAAGAAGAACCAAAAGAAAAGGAAGAUACUUUCGAUUUAUCCGUUCCGAUGGACAAAGAAGAGGAACAACGUCGAUUGGAACAAGAGAUGACGCGGCGUCGAGAACGGAUAGAACGGUGGAGAGCUGAACGUAACCGAAAAGAGAUUGAACUGAAGAAACCGACAGCGGUAACGGGUAUUAAUAUUCCCAAGAAGUGGAGUUUAGAGGACGAUGAAGAGGAUGACGAAGAGGACGAAAAAGAUAAAGCAGGCAAAGACAAUGAAGAGGAAGAUGAUGUGGACCCUCUGGAUGCUUUCAUGAAGGAAGUUAACGAAGAGGUUCGCAAGGUGAAUAAACUUCCUAAUUCUGGUCCUAAAGCCGAGGGAAAGGCUGCUGUUGCUUCGGGAGUUACGAUCAUUACUGGAGUAGCUAAGAAAAAUGCCGAAGCCGCAAAGAAGGGUGAGCUGAUCGAGCAAAACCAGGAUGGCCUGGAAUAUUCUUCGGAAGAAGAGCAGGAAGACAUUAAAGAUACAGCCGCCAAUCUAGCCAACAAACAGAAGAAAGAACUGGCCAAAGUUGACCACUCGGGAAUCAACUACCUGCCGUUCCGCAAAGCCUUUUACGUUGAAGUUCCGGAAAUUGCAAAGAUGAAGCAGGCGGAAGUGGAUGCAUACAAAACAGAGUUGGAGGGCAUUAGCGUAAAAGGGAAAGGCUGUCCUAAGCCGAUUCGCACUUGGGCUCACUGUGGAGUUUCCAAGAAAGAAUUUGACGUGCUUCGUAAGCUGGGUUUCGAUAAACCAACGCCGAUUCAGUGUCAAGCCAUUCCGGCCAUAAUGUCCGGUCGGGAUCUGAUUGGUAUCGCUAAAACCGGAAGCGGUAAAACAUUGGCCUUCAUUUUGCCCAUGUUCCGACAUAUUUUAGAUCAACCGCCACUGGAGGACGGAGACGGCCCGAUCGCUAUUAUUAUGUCUCCUACGCGUGAGCUCUGCAUGCAGAUCGGUAAAGACAUUAGAAAAUUUGCUAAAUCUUUAAACCUGCGUCCGGUAUGCGUGUACGGUGGUACAGGAAUUUCAGAGCAAAUCGCAGAAUUGAAGCGAGGAGCCGAGAUAAUCGUUUGCACGCCAGGUCGGAUGAUCGACAUGCUGGCGGCUAAUUCCGGUCGCGUAACCAAUUUACGACGUAUCACCUAUGUGGUGCUGGACGAAGCGGAUCGUAUGUUUGACAUGGGUUUCGAGCCGCAAGUUAUGAGAAUAAUCGAUAACAUUCGGCCGGAUAGGCAAACAGUUAUGUUCAGUGCCACUUUCCCUCGGCAAAUGGAAGCUUUGGCCAGGCGUAUCUUAAAGAAGCCGAUAGAGAUUCAGGUGGGCGGUCGUUCGGUUGUUUGUAAAGACGUAGAACAGCAUGUAGUAGUUCUGGAGGAAGAUGCUAAAUUUUUCAAACUGCUGGAACUGUUGGGAUUGUAUCAGGAACUCGGAAGCAUUAUUGUGUUUGUGGAUAAGCAAGAAAAUGCCGACAUUCUGCUGAAAGAUCUGAUGAAAGCAUCGUAUCCUUGUAUGAGUUUACACGGGGGUAUCGAUCAGUUCGACCGAGAUUCUACGAUUAUUGAUUUUAAACAGGGUCGAGUUAAGUUGCUCAUCGCAACGUCCGUGGCAGCGCGCGGAUUGGAUGUCAAGCAGCUCAUCCUUGUGGUAAACUACGACUGUCCAAACCAUUACGAGGAUUAUGUUCACAGAUGUGGCCGAACCGGUCGAGCCGGUAAUAAAGGAUUUGCUUGGACAUUCCUAACCAACGAGCAGGGACGUCAUUCUGGCGAUGUAAUACGCGCCUUGGAACUUUCGGGUGAAACUGUACCGGAAGACCUGCGAACUUUGUGGGAAACCUAUAAAGCUGCACAGGAAGCCGAGGGGAAAAAAGUUCACACCGGAGGUGGAUUCAGCGGAAAAGGUUUCAAGUUCGACGAGCAGGAAGCUGCCGCCGUUAGUGAGCGCAAGAAGCUUCAAAAAGCAGCGCUUGGUUUGCAGGAUUCAGAUGACGACGACGAUCUGGAGCAGGAUAUUGAUCAGCACAUCGAGAGUAUGUUUGCCACGAAGCGUAUCGUGAAAGAGGUGGAAGCGCCGGUUAUAACGCAAACAGUCACGGCACCCGUUCCGGCAAAUCCAAAUUCAGACAAACUUGAACUGGCCAAGAGGCUUGCUUCGCGGAUUAAUUUACACAAAAAUUUGGGUGUCGAAACGAAAGGUGCUACGCAACAAGCAGCGGAAGCCAUUCUCAAAGGUGGAAGCGCUCAACCACUUAUUACGGCUAAAACCGUUGCUGAGCAGCUGGCAGCUAAACUUAAUAGCAAGCUGAACUAUCAACCGAAGGACGAGGAUGAGACCCCCAUCGAAUCGAACGAGACGGUUUUCCGGAAAUACGAAGAAGAGUUGGAAAUCAACGAUUUCCCGCAGCAGGCUCGCUGGAAAGUCACUUCAAAAGAAGCUCUUGCGCAGAUCUCCGAGUACUCGGAAGCAGGUCUCACCGUUCGUGGUACGUACGUUCCUCCGGGUAAAACUCCACCGGAGGGAGAGCGCAAGCUUUACUUGGCCAUUGAGAGCUGCUCGGAGCUUGCCGUUACGAAGGCCAAGCGCGAAAUAACGCGCCUCAUUAAGGAGGAACUGUUGAAGCUGCAAGCUUCAUCACAUCAUAUUAUCAACAAAUCCCGGUACAAAGUACUGUAGUAGUACGUUUUGCUAUUUGACAGCAUCUGGAAUGAACGAACGGUUUAUUUGAUCUAAUCUUGUCCCGAGGGUGAACGGGUGGCUUACAACUUUUGGUUAUCUGCAAAAGCAAUUCGACGAGCACAACUAUGCUAGCUUUCCAGCAUUGCUACUUAUACUUUUUAAAGCAAAAACAUUUACGCGAAAAUUCUUGUAUUUUAAUUUUUCCAGUUAAAUUUAGCAUUCAGCUGAUUCGUGAGUCACCUGAAUCACCAUUUGGCGUAGAGGGAUGAAAUAAAGUCACUAGACAGAGCGAA